CCGGGGCGGGCCUGGAAAACGGCUGUUCAGGCGAUUUAAGAGUCGUCGGCGCGGCUGUGGAAAGCCGAGUGGAGCCAGGACUUGCCAGGUGGAUCAGACGCCAAAGCCAGCGUAGACACGGAGCGCACCCGCACCGCUCUGGGCACCUCACCGCACUGCUUGCCUCCGGGUAGAUCUGAACCGCAAUCCCACGCGCAGCCAGGACCCACUCGCCACUGCCGCCUCCACAGCACCCAUGGGGACCUGGAGACUUUAAAAGGAGUUUGGGGUUUCGGGAGCAGGGAAAUCACGGAUCUCAGUUCCUGGCCCUGGCCUCGCCGCGUCAUUGAUGGGCAACCAACUGGACCGCAUCACCCACCUCAACUACAGCGAUUUGCCCACUGGGGACCCAUCUGGGAUUGAGAAGGACGAGCUACGGGUCGGGGUUGCCUACUUUUUCUCGGAUGAGGAGGAGGACCUGGACGAACGCGGGCAGCCGGACAAGUUUGGUGUGAAGGGCCCCCCAGGUUGCAGCCCCUGCCCAGAGAGCCCCAGCCGCCACCACCACCACCUGCUGCACCAACUCGUCCUCAACGAGACUCAGUUUUCAGCCUUCCGGGGCCAGGAAUGCAUCUUUUCCAAAGUAACCGGCGGCCCUCAGGGCGCCGACUUGAGUGUCUACGCGGUCACCGCACUGCCCGCGAUCUGCGAGCCCGGCGACCUGCUGGAGCUGCUGUGGUUACAGCCCGCGUCCGAGCAGCCAGCUCCAGCCCCACACUGGGCCGUCUACGUGGGCGGCGGGCAGAUCAUCCACCUGCACCAAGGCGAGAUCCGCCAGGACAGCCUGUACCAGGCGGGCGCGGCCAACGUGGGCCGGGUGGUGAAUAGCUGGUACCGCUACCGCCCGCUGGUGGCCGAGCUGGUGGUGCAGAACGCCUGCGGCCACCUGGGCCUCAAGAGCGAGGAGAUCUGCUGGACGAACUCCGAGAGCUUCGCCGCCUGGUGCCGCUUCGGAAAACGCGAGUUCAAGGCUGGCGGGGAGGUCCCGGCAGGCGCGCCACCUCCGCAGCAGCAGUAUUAUCUCAAGGUGCAUCUGGAGGAGAACAAAGUCCACACGGCCCGCUUCCACAGCCUGGAGGACCUCAUCCGCGAGAAGCGCCGCAUAGACGCCAGUGGCCGCCUGCGAGUGCUGCAGGAGCUUGAGGACUUUGUGGACGACAAGGAGUAACCCAGAGCAGCCGCCUUCCGCGCUUUUUCUCACGUCCGGAGCUCCUUUCCUGUCCCCGCAGUUCUGCACCCCACGACCCCUAGCUCGCGAGUCCAGGGCCAGCCGCUGGAAGCUUCAGGAACUCACAACGGCACUGGGCGGGCACAGCUACGCUCCCCUAAGACAGCCCUUGGUGUUGGUGACCAUGCCGGGGUGACCUAACCUGCGCCUUUCCCCUAGGUUGUGACGGGGAAAGGGCAAAGGGGAGCAAGGACACGAUCCUUCCCGAGAGCCAAUGGUCAAUGAUCUUUCACCAGACAGGGCAAAUACCCUUUAGUCACAGGGGAUCGUCACCCCCCAGAUGCGCACACACAGACCAGUUGGAGGUGAGAAUUGUUCUUUUGGGGGCACAAUUGAACUCCCGAGGAUCUCAGAAACCGAGCCUGUCCUGUGUACUUGGGAGCACUUCGGGGACUCCAGGUUACCCUGAGGCUGCCAGGAACUGUUUUGCAGCUCUCCAGCCCAAGGUCUUCUGACAAUGCAUUCCAGACUCUGGGCUGAGCUAGAUAGGUUUGGCUUCCCUGUUUGCACAGCUGGAAGCAGACGCCAGUUCCCGGACUGACCGACCCUUGACAGAAGGGAAGCCUUCUAGGUCCCUGGAGGAAAAUGGCUCAGCACAUCUUAGAGGAAGGAGGGCUUGCCCGCUCCAGAAAAGGAGCUAAUUCACCUGGUGUGUGGUCUCUUGAAUGUAAAAAGGAGGAGGCUUUUUUUGCUCAGAACCCCUUGAUUGCUUCCCUCCUUGCUCCGAGUUUCAGAGAAUCUGGUUUUCCAAGGGACUGGAGGAGAAGGCAGGGAGAAUCUACAACAUUCCAGAAACCAGCAUUAGGACAGCCUAGCCAGUGUCUUUAGUUUGGCUUUUUCUAACUAGAAGAUCUUAGAAGGCAGGGGGGAGGUAGAGGUUGUUUUUAAAACCGGAACAGCAGUUUUCCAACGUUGUCAACAAAGCCUACAGUGUCGAUGCUUCUCUUGAUCAUAUUUAGCAACCUGCUAAUGAAAUUUCAAAUUGAAAUUUUUAUUUUCAUGGCUUUAAUCCAUGAUAGCUUAAAUACUGGGGGCCAUUAGGAGUGGAAUUAAGCUAAGAGUUUAGCUGACAUUGCCUUUCACUCUGGUUUUUCUCAACUCUUAUGAGAAUUCUGUUUGGGGAUAUUAUAUUUACUUUUUUUCCCCCUGACUUUUUGGAGUUGCCCUGUGAUGAUGGAGCUGUUCAUUAGUGUGUAUAUUGUACUGAAUUUUUGUCAGUUCAAGGGUCUGCUGCUGUGGUGAUUGCUAGCAAGUUCCAUGAGGGUUCUUUUCUUUCUUCAUGUUGUAUAUCAUCAUCAUCAUCAUCAUGAAUUUCCUCAUUUCAUCUUUUGCACCUCACCUCUUGGUCCCCUUCAAAAGGAAUCAAGAGUUGGUGGGCUUUAGGGCCGCCUCUGUAGCCUGUCCUGCUGUUUAUUCCUGAGAAGAGGGAGGCGCUCUUAGAACCAGGACAGAAGGUGUGUCUUUCCAAGCACGGUUAUGUGAAGCUCCUUCCUUUGGGCAAGAGUUGUGGAUUUUCUCCAAGGGAUACAGCCACAGCCUAACUGGUCGUUACUUGAUUCCGUGUGCUAGACACACCUGAGAACAUAUACAGUGUCCUGAGAGAGUUUGUCAAAUCACGGUGUUUAGCUAAUGGUUGUGAGCAAUUGCAUAGUAGUGACAGAUGUGUCUCAGUUGAACAGCAAAUACUAUGUCCAAAGCCAGUUCCUUGGCGUUUGAAAACAAUGCAAUAAAAACUAGUGGAAGUUAGCCGACAGGGAAAUGCCUUUCUCAUGCUAAAGGGUUUGUUUCUGUUUUGUGGGGAUUUUUUUUGUUGUUGUUGCUUUCUUUUGUUUCGUUUUGUUUUCAUGUUGGAUUCAUCCUCUGAUCUUGAGUCAAAAGGUCAAAUCAAUGAAAUAUGAACUAAAGUAUUUUUCUGAAGCCAACGGAGUGAUUUAUUUUUUAAAACUGUGUAUGCUUUUCCUUUCAGCACAUCCAACAGCAAAACUUCGUAACAACUAAACUUAACCUUUGCAUGUAUGGAGAACUGAAAGUCAUUUCUUUCUCUAACUUAGUCUUUUGGCAAAUGACAGAUCGGUGUCCAUAAACCGAAAUUCUUUAUUGUGUCUCCACACGCCAUAUCCUUUCCUGUGUCCUCCUACUGUAUCUUGGCUCCUGCUGAAUUAAACACCAUCCUAAGCACUUGUUCCCUUGGGACUCCUUCUUGACAUUGUGUCUUCCACCUGUGAGUGGGCAAAAGAAGCUCAUUGGUCUCUAUCAGAUCCCAAACUGAAUUACUCCUUUUAUGAAACGUAUAUGCCAUGCCAAGAGGGGACUGGUUCAUCAGCUUCAUACAUGCUGAAAUUUGAUGACAAUGAAAACGAAAGCAAGACAGAGAAAUAACAUUUAUGGUUAGAUUGAUUUACCAAGGACUUAGUGAAUGAUAAUAGUUUUUCAAAUUCACAAUAAGAAAACAACGAUCAAAAAUUUUAAAGGGAGUUUUAUGGUUUCUCAUGCUCCUAUGGAAAUGAUUGCUAUCUCUUGGUGAUUGUUAGCACAAACCUGUCAGAGUACAUUUUAUUUUAUUUUAUUUUAUUUUUUGGUUUUUUGAGACAGGGUUUCUCUGUGGUUUUGGAGCCUGUCCUGGAACUAGCUCUUGUAGACCAGGCUGGUCUCGAACUCACAGAGAUCUGCCUGCCUCUGCCUCCCAAGUGCUGGGAUUAAAGGCGUGUGCCACCAUCUCCCGGCCAGAGUACAUUUUAGAGAGAAUCUUAUCUAAUUGCUUGAUCAGGAAAAAGGGUUUCUAUUUUAUUUAUUUAUUUAUUUUUGUUUUUUCAUGACCGGGUUUCUCUGUAGCUUCGGAGCCUGUCCUGGAACUCACUCUAUAGACCAGGCAUGAACUCACAGAGAUCUGUCUGCUUCUGCCUCUCAAGUGCUAGGAUUAAAGGUGUGCGCCACCACUGUCCAGCUAAGGGAUUUCUAUUUUAAAGCAUUAUUGAGGCUGCUGUUGCUAGAUCCGCAAAAGUUGAAGAUCCUUUUGUAGCUGUCACUUGAGUUUUAUUAUGGGCGAAUACUGUUUUCUCUAGAAUGUACUAGUUGCAGGAAUCAAGCCAUGAGUCUUCCACCAUUUGCAAAAGGACAAUAACAUUUUAAUUUUAGGACAAUUUAGUUUUUGUAGUCCCAUGAUGUGGAGAGGGUGAAGCUGUGUUCUGUCCAACCCUCACCAAAGCAGAGGCCACCUCUACCUUUUCUCCCCUGCAAAGGGGCAUAUCUCCAAAGAAAACUACUAUCAGAAAACAAAUUUAAAAUGCAGAUGUUUCUCAGAGAGCUUUACUGCAUUAAAAAGCAAGCAAACAACAACAGAUGCGAAAGGUACAUUGGGCAUACAUCUGAAAAAUAAAGCUCUCGAAUGCCAUUGCUCUUAAA